UCCAAAGGCUUAAGUUUUUUUUUUUUUUUUUUUGUCUUAGAUAUAUAUAGAUAGAUAUAGAUAUAUAGAUCCUUUUCUCCUAUCUGCCUGAAAUGUCGGAUGGAAAAGAUCCUGCUAUUAAGCUAUUUGGUAAGACCAUUCAGCUCCCCGAUGGUCAACUAGAUUCUGUAGUUGAUGACGGCGCCGCCUCUCUCAAAACUGAAGAUCGGUCCCCGGCGGCUGCUGCUUCUAGUUCUUCAUCUGAUGCUGCUCUUGAUUCUAAACAAGCUGACCACAAACUUGAAUCUAAUGAUACUAAUAAUAAUAUUAAUAUUAUUAAUGAUAAGGAACAGAAGGUUAUUGAUAAAGAGGAGGAUAGGACUAAUUCUGCGAUUUCUGAGGAAGUUACAGAACCAAAUGCAACUUCAGCUGUAAGCGAGAAUCCUAAAUCUUCUACAACUGAAAACGAAUCAACAACUGCAAAAACGGCAAAGUCAGAGGAAGAACAAAGUGACAACCAGGAAAAGACCCUCAAGAAACCAGACAAGAUUCUUCCGUGUCCUCGAUGUAAUAGCAUGGAUACAAAGUUUUGUUACUAUAACAAUUACAACGUUAAUCAGCCUCGUCACUUUUGUAAGAACUGUCAAAGAUAUUGGACAGCUGGUGGGACAAUGAGAAAUGUUCCUGUUGGGGCGGGAAGGCGGAAGAACAAGACGGCGGUGUCUCAAUACCGUCAAAUAACUGUUACGGAAGGUCUUCCUAGUGAGCUGAGUCACACUGUGCUUAAACCUAAUGGCACGGUGCUAACAUUUGGUUCAGAUACACCUCUAUGUGAAUCAAUGGCAUCUGUUUUGAAUAUUGCAGAUAAAACAAUUAGGCAGGAUAGUUUUCGUAAGCCUGAAGAGUUGAUAAUCCCGGUUCCUCCAAGUAAUGAUGAUAACGCAAGUAGACCGUCAUCCAAUGAGAUGCAAAAUUGCCAUGGAUUCUCCCCUCAGAUGCCCUGUUUUCCUGGUGCACCAUGGCCGUACCCAUGGAACCCUCAAAUGGGUCCGCCUUUCUGCCCACCGGGAUUUCCUAUGCCGUUCUACCCUGCAGCACCUUACUGGGGUUGCGCUAUACCUGUACCAGGUCCAGGCGCGACCCCUGGCCCAUGGAAUAUGCAGUGGGUUCCCCCUCCUAAUUUCCAUCCUGUCCCUCCAGCCAACUAUGCCGCCUCUCCUUCUGGUCCUAUAUCCCCAACUUUGGGAAAACAUUCACGGGCCGAGAAUGGAGAAGAGGAAAGUAUAAAAGAAGAUGAACCCGUAAAGAGUCUUUGGGUUCCAAAAACGUUGCGGAUUGAUGACCCUGAUGAAGCUGCAAAGAGUUCAAUAUGGGCAACGUUGGGAAUAAAAACCGAUACAUCUGUUAGUGCAAAUGGUAGAGGUAUGUUUAAGGCAUUUCAAUCCAAAGGUGAAGAAAAGAACUCGUUGAAAGAAACAUCUCCUGCGCUACAAGCCAAUCCUGCAGCACUAUCGCGGUCUCUUAAUUUCCAAGAGACCUCAUGAAGGGCUGCUUCUGUAUAAUUUUUUGGCCAUAGAAAAUGCAAAGGUUUAUGUUGCAUGAGAUGGGGCUUUUCAGUGACAUACAAAAUGGAAGAAAGGUAAGGUGGUUCCAUCCUUUGUAGUUUCCAUUGUUCCAAAAAAGAGACGAGCAACCGAGGGUUGCAAUGUAUUUUGAAUUUAAAAGUAUUUUUGUCGCAUGUAUAUAAGUAAUAUGUGAAAUAGUGAACAAGGUAGAACAGAGUGACCGUGUGCAGUGAAAUAAGUUUAGAUACCAUAAUUCACAAACGUCAAUCCGAAUCUUAUUUUGGCUUUAGAAUGAAAUUACUUUCUAAUUUGCAUCA